AUGCCCUUUGUCGCCAACACUCCAGAGUCCCUCCUCGGCCGUUCCGACUCUAGAGACCCCGGCUCGACCUGUCGAGGCAUCACCUCCAACGGUCGGCCCUGUCGGCGACCAAUCGCCCGCUUCCCUUCAGGCUCUCUUGCCCCGCCUGCCCGGCCCGUGAAGCCAGAUCUCGGCGAUGAGAAUCUCUACUGUUGGCAGCACAAAGAGCAGGCAAGCCGCUCAGCGCAGUCUAGCCCGGGGCCGAGGCGAAAUGUCCAGCCCAUCCUGGAACAGCGGUCCAGCUUAGACACGCUGGCCGACAGGCUGGGCCUGAUGGACUUGCCGCAAAAGCCCAAGGAGAAGCGCAACGGGCACACAAAGGCCAACAAUGGCAAUGCGCACGCGGCCAAACCGACCAAGCCCAAGCCAAAGCAAAGCGUCUCUUUUUGCUUCUGCUUCACUAUGCCCGUCGACGACGCCAACGAGCCCACCCCACCGAGACCACGGCCCAAACCGAGGCCCCUCCAGCAGCACGCACCAUCCGUCGCUGUUCCAAGCGCCGGGAAACACCAUAAACAGCAGCGCAUUCCCGUACCGACUGCCUCGCACAGCAAGAAUUCGCAUGCUUCCAAAGCAUCCAAUACUUCACAGACUGCUCAGUUCAAGAACCUCAUUCCAGAUGCUCUUGACGCGGCCACCGCUUCGACACUCAUGGCCGAGCUGUGUCGUCCACUCGCAGAGGCCGAAGAGGCGGGCUACAUCUACAUGUUCUGGCUUACUCCGGUGUCCAAGCAAGACGCAACUGCCCCCAUCGCUGCCGCACGCUCUCUCCUCGCACCCCAAUCGCCCCGCGGCGGCGGGCACGCCCGACGAGCGAGUGAUGUGGUCUCCCGCUUCGCCGACUCGGGCGAGGCCGGCGCCCGGGGCACGAUGCUACUCAAGAUAGGGCGAGCUGCAAACGUCCAGCGUCGCAUGAACCAGUGGCAGCGGCAGUGCGGCCACGACAUUGAGAUGCUGCGGUACUAUCCUUACAUCCCCGGGGCGAGCGACACGUCCGCAACGGGCCAGUCGCCCCGCAUGACGCCGCACUGCCGGCGGGUAGAGCGCUUGGUCCACGUCGAGCUGUCCGGCCUGGGGCUCCGGGCCAGCUUGGGGACGUGCGAGGCGUGCGGGCGCGACCACCGCGAAUGGUUCCAAGUCGAGGCGUCGAGAGAAGCAGUCCGAAAGGUGGACGAAGUGAUUCGGAAAUGGGUCGAGUGGGAUGAGACGACGGCGUGGAAGACUCGACAUUGA